AUGGCGGACAUCAUUACCGAAAGCACUGCCAAGCUGCAGUUGGAUGAGGAGACGGGAGAAGUUGUGUCAAAGAAUGAGCUGAAGAAACGGAUGCAGAAGCGAGCCAAAAAGGCCGCUGCGGCUGCUUCCUCUCGCAAUAGUACAUUGACACCUGAAGGUCAAGGGCCGAUCAAUGACAUGUUUAACCAAGGCUUCCUAGCUGAGGUUUACAGGCUGCGUCCGUCGAAGGACGUCGUGACGCGAUUCCCACCUGAACCAAAUGGCUACCUUCAUCUCGGGCAUGCCAAAGCAAUAGCAAUAAAUUUCGGCUUUGCAAGACAUUAUGGGGGCAAGACGGAACCUGCUGAAGAAUAUUCUAGAUUCGAUGACACGAAUCCCGACGCGGAAAGGGAGGAGUACUGCGUCGCCAUCGAGGAUAUGAUCCGGUGGUUGGGAUUCACCCCAGCUGAGAUUACUUAUUCAUCAGAUAACUUCCAGCGCAUGUACGAUCUCGCUGAAGAGCUGUGUCAGCAUAGGAAAGCCUAUGUGUGUCAUUGUAACGAGUCCGAGACGAAGAUGCAACGCGGCGGCGAGGAUGGGUCUAAGCCGAGAUAUCGAUGCGAACAUGCAAAGCAAGACGUCGAGACCAACCUCAAGAAGUUCCGAGGUAUGCGAGAUGGCGAGUACGCACCUCAGACAGCUUGGCUUCGCAUGAAGCAGGACAUUGAGAAUCCCAACCCCCAGAUGUGGGAUAUUGCCGCGUAUCGAAUACCCAAGAACCAAGAGCCGCAUUUUCGAACGGGAACCAAGUGGCGGAUAUACCCAACCUACGACUUCGCGCACUGUUUAUGCGAUAGUUUUGAAGGCAUAACACACAGCUUAUGCACCAGCGAAUUUAUCAUGUCGCGAGAGAGUUACGAGUGGCUAAACCAGCUUCUGGUUAAGUUUCAGCCAAUGCAACGCGAAUUAGGUCGCUUGAAUCUCAGGGGUACAAUCAUGAGUAAGAGAGAUAUAAGGUGCUUGAUAGAGAAGGGAAUCGUUCGCGGCUGGGAUGAUCCACGCCUAUACACCCUCAAAGCGCUCCGGCGGCGGGGUAUACCCCCGGGAGCGCUUCUCUCUUUCAUUAACGAACUUGGUGUCACUACGGCUACUAGUUUCAUCGAGAUGAAGCGGUUUGAGCAAUCUGUCCGACGAUAUCUAGAAAGGACCGUGCCUCGCCUUAUGCUAGUCCUUGAUCCCGUGCCGGUAGUGAUCGAAGAUGCCGAGGAGCAGGAUCUAGACAUUUCCUUCUCGGCAAAAGACCCUAAGAUGGGAUCCCACAAGUUGAGGCUGACCAGAAGGGUCUAUAUUGACCGCUUCGACUUCCGGCAGGUGGAUAGCAAGGACUACUUCCGACUCGCCCCGGGCAAAACUGUUGGUCUCUUGCAUAUGCCAUACCCUGUCAAGGCCGUGGUUACAUUGCAACGAACCGAGGGCUUUAAAAGAGGAGGGAGACUAUCCCUUAGCUCUAUAUGGUACUUAGGUUGA